AUGUCGUCCAAGGAAAAGACGAGCGAGCCCGAGGGCGCCGCCAUCGAAACCAUUGAGACGGCCGCACCUAUCAAGCUUCACACAACACCGCAGAACAUUCUUAUCAGCGUUCUCCUGUCAUCUGCCUCUUUUCUCUACGGCUAUGCUUCCAACGUCAUCUCUGGCGCUUUGGCGCUCCCCUCAUUCAACUCCAUGUUCCUGGCCGUCGACACCGAGCCCCGUGUUGGAGGCAUGCUCGGAAUUCGGAUCCUUUUGGGGACAUAUAGUUUCUUUGCCGGCGGUGUAUUCGGUGCCCUCAUCCAGCAGCCCCUAGCCGAUAAAUACGGUCGUCGAAUGGCCAUCGCCGUAGCCGGUGGAUUCCUCCUUGUUGGAUCCGCCCUCGCCGCAGGCUCCGUCCACUACGCCAUGUUCAUCGUCGCCCGCUUCGUCACCGGAAUCGGCAGCUCCAUGGCCCUGACCCUCGUCUCCCUGCACAUUGUCGGCUUCAACACGGGCUAUCUCAUCUCGUCGCUCGGCUCUCUCGGUUUCAGCUACAUGACGCACCCCGUGCAGUGGCGGCUCAACUUUGUCAUCAACGGUGUCAUCGCCGCGCUCUUGGUCGCCGGUAGCUUCUACAUCCCCGAAUCGCCGCGAUGGCUUGUCUCCAAUGACCGCAUCGACGAGGCGGCCAGGGUCCUCAACUAUCUGCACAACAGCAAAUACGACCCCCACGGCUACAUUGCCCGCGCGGAACUCAUUCAGAUUACCGAGCAGAUCGACGCGACGAAGCACCUGAAGAAGGGUUACAUGCACAUCUUUAAGACUCCGAGCUUGAGGCGCCGCGCGUGGGCUACCAUCCUCGUCUGGUUCACCGCCAUGUCCACGGGUGUCCUCGUCAUCGCGAACUUGACGCCCCUGCUCUUCGCCGGUCUCGGAUACGGCGACACUGCGCAGUUUGGUCUUUCUACGGCCUGGCUCUGCUGCUGCAUCAUCACGGCUGGCCUUGGUGGUCUCAUGGUAGAUAAGAUGGGCCGUGUUCUUUUCAUGGCUAUCGGUCUUGGUGGUUGCGCUCUUGUCCUUGCGGUGGAAACUGCGAUGCAAGCCGAAUUCCUCGGAACCUCGAACAAGCAUGGCCUUGCCUCUGGUGUGGCCUUCUACUUCCUCUUCGCCUGCGUAUAUAACGCCUUCCUCGAUGCCGGCUCCUUCGUAUACACUGCCGAGAUUUGGCCAAACCAUCUCCGCAGCGAGGGCUGGAGGUUCUACCUCAUCUUCAUCAUCAUCUCAGCUGUAGGUGCUGUGGCGAUCUGGUACUUCCUGCCCGAGACCAAGGGUCUCACUCUUGAGGAGAUUGGCGAGAAGUUUGGUGAGGAGCCCCAGACGAGGCACAUCCAGGAUAUUGCACGGUCCAAAGAGGUGGCAGAUUCUCGUGGAGAAGAGGUCUGA